AUGGAUGUGGAGCUUUAUGUUUAUGACCUUUCCAAAGGUCUUGCGCGCAUGUAUUCAGCGUCCUUGACUGGAACCCAAAUUGAUGCAAUAUACCAUACCUCCCUCGUCUUCGGCGGGGUGGAGUAUUUCUUCGGACAGGGCAUUCAUCGCACUGUUCCCGGCACAACGCACCAUGGCCAACCCAUGGAAAAGCUACACAUGGGGCAAACGGAGCUGCCCCAGGAGGUGAUCCAGGAAUAUCUCGGGUCGCUAGCCGAGAUUUAUACCCCGGAGUCCUACGAUCUUUUCAUGCACAACUGUAACAAUUUUACGCAAGAUCUGGCAAUGUUUCUGGUUGGGAAGGGAAUACCGGAACAUAUCCAGUCGUUGCCAAAGACUUUUUUAAGCACGCCCCUCGGGCAGAUGUUACGGCCACAGAUUGAUGCUGCGAUGCGCGGUAUUACUCAGGCUGAUCCAACGCAGAGAGUCCCUGCUCCUGUAGUGCAGCCACCACCUCAACUUCAGGAUACAUUGGCAGCGCCAGUGAAAGGGUACGUGAGGAACGUUAGUAAUUUGAAGGAGCUAGAAGAGCAGCUGUCACUUGCAUCGAAUAGCUGCGCAUGCAUCUUCUUCACCUCCUCGACCUGCGCCCCAUGUAAGAUUGCUUAUCCGGCAUAUGAGGAACUCGCAGAAGAAGCUGGGGAUAAUGCUGUUCUAAUAAAAGUGGACUUGAAUAUCGCGUUUGAUGUCAGCUCAAGGUAUAGAGUUCGAGCGACGCCGACCUUCAUGACCUUCCUCAGAGGCAAGAAGGAGGACGAAUGGAGCGGCGCCAAUCCAGCUCAACUCAAGGGCAACGUGCGUUUGCUGAUACAAACUGCAUUCCCGCCGCAUCCUCAUACGUCUCUGCGUCUGCCCAGUCUUCAGAGAGAGAUCACAAGUUAUGUCACCUAUACAAAACUUCCGCCGCUGGAUAAGUUGUUGCAGAAGAUUGGUUCCUUAAAGGACGAUCCUACGAUACAGAGUCUUGUAGACUUUGUGAAGACAAGAUCUACGGCUGAGCCUGCCGACACAGCCGUGCCAAACCUGUCCUUCCUUAGCGCUUUUCUACAGUCGACUUUUGAUUCGAUACCUAAAGAGAGCUAUUUUGCUAUUGUCGAUUUGAUCCGCGUUGCCUUUCUGGACGCUCGAGUUAGCGGUUUCUUUGCAGAGGAACCGCAUCACAAGACUCUACUGACUCUCUUUUCGCCCUUUGAUGAUCUUGCCUCUUGCCCUUACAACUUACGAAUUGUCAUGCUUCAGCUAGCGUGCAACCUGUUCACAACACCCCUCUACCCGGAGCAGAUUGCUACUAAUCAGACAUUACGCGGGGUCUGCAUCCGAUUGCUGACAGGGUCUCUCUUAGACAGCCGUUCCAAUCUGCGCGUCGUUGCCGCAUCAUUUGCAUAUAAUUUGGCUGCGUAUAACCACAACGCACGAUUCGCAGGUCAUCCCGACAAACUUUCAGAAGGCGACCAGGUUGAGCUGGUGGCUUCUUUGGCCGAGGCAAUUAACAUGGAAGAGGAGAGCAUUGAAGCGCUGCACGGUUGUCUUUUUGCACUUGGAUUGUUCCUGUAUGAGGCCCCGACUGACGGGGAGCUUUGCGAUCUUUGUCGGGCCAUGGGGAUUGCCGACUCUGUUCUGGCGAAGAAACAGGUGGAUAAGCUGAAGAGCGAGCCGCUGCUGAAAGAAGUGGGCCAGGAGCUGCUUGGGAAGGGGCUGAGAUGA